AGGUGAUUGUGAAAUAAGAACGGCUGAAAGUUAUUGUGGCCGUAUAGGCGAAAUGUAUCACUUCGAUUUAUGUUUAUUUUGUAUCAUAACUGCUAUUAUUAAUACGGCGGACAAUAAGAGAUACGAUAUUGAAGAAGAAUCUAAAAAUGAAUAUGGCCUCGACUUGCAACACGUCUUGCGACAAUUUCGAAGAUCGGACGAUUACGUCAAAAUAUUGAAAAUGAGGACAAAUGAAUUUCAUGUGUUUUUUAUGGACGUAGUCACACACAGCUUAGAUUGGCAUUAUCAUAAAAUGAAAGCGGAGAUACAGGCUACAUAUGGUCUUAACAAAUCAGCACCCCCUGCAGAAAUACAAACAACCACUUUACAAACACAGUAA